AUGUUAGAAAAAAAGUUUGCUGACAUUGACAAGAAAUUUGAGAAUGUUUUAAAUAAGAACAAGAGGAAGUUGGAAAAUGCUCAGAUAAAACCCAUACAUGACAAGUUCUUAUUUGCUCAGAAUGGUAUAACAGGUCUAAUUGCACCACCUGGGUCGGGUAAGACUUUCACUUAUCUUAAAAUGGCUGCACAACAACAAGAACUAGAUGAGAAGAACCCAUUCUAUGAGUUAGUUGUUAUUUGUAGUACUUCUGGUCAAUUUGACCAAACCGUCAAUUCGUUCAAAGAUAUUAUAAAGAAGUCUAAGUUAGUAUGUAUAAAGGAUACUGAGUUGUUAGAUUGGAUAAAGAAGUACCAAAGAAGAGUUUUGAAGUAUAAUGCUAUAAAUGAGUAUAUAAAUUCUAAGUUUAAAGACCCAAAUGAGGAAAUGCAGAGAAUAUUAGAGAAGAAACACUUCAGAAACAAACAGAAAGAGAUAGAAUACAUUUCGAAGAAAUUGCAAUCUUACGAUUGGAAGACUUACCCUCAUAGAUGUCUUCUUAUUUUAGAUGACUUUGCUUCUCAU